ACCCAAAAAGCAAACGAGUUUGCGCUGUACUCACACGGAAGUGCGGAAAAUUGGUGCGCCUUUUUCAGCUGAGUUAGCUCAUAUCAAAAGCUGGUGAUUUGUUGUUUUUAUUAUAUAUAAAAACUGAAUUAAAUUGUCCCCAAAGUAGGGAGUAGUAGUCGGUCGUAGGCGACACAAGUAACACCUUUGAAAUGCCCCGGAGAAAGAGGACCGCCGGCAGCAGCUCGGACGGGACGGAGGACUCGGAUUUCUCCGCCGACAUCGAACACACGGAAACAGCCGAGAGCGUGCACAGGCGUAGCAGCACGCGUCUGACGCGCGCUUCACUGCGCCUCAGCCGCAGCUCACAAGAUAACUGCAGCUCAGUACGGAGCAGUUCUCCUGCAGCCACUGGUCUAGACGAAGGCCAGGAUUCAACUGCAGAGUCGGCGGCGGCAGCAGCAGCAGUAGCAGCAUCUGUGUUCUCCUCCGGGCGCAGGAUCACACGCAGCCAGCAGGGGGCGACAAGCACCGUCGCCAAAAAAUACCCACUGCGUCAGAGCAGGUCGUCUGGCUCAGAUACCGAGGCUAAUGCAGACCUGAAACAGGGGGCAGACCGAGACGAGACCCCUCCCCGGACCCCGACAGGUAAUGCCCCGUCCUCAGAGUCCGACAUCGAUGUUUCCAGCCCCGGCAACGACCUCGUAUCUUCUAGCAACGAUAUUGUAGUGUCCCAAGAGGAGGACGAGAGAUUGGCCAAAGAGCUGUCGCUCAAAGAGGCCGCCGCCCACGACCUCUCCCACCGGCCCAAACGACGGCGCUUCCACGAGAGCUACAACUUCAACAUGAAGUGUCCCACGCCUGGGUGCAACUCAUUGGGUCAUCUAACAGGGAGGCAUGAGAGACAUUUUUCCAUAUCGGGAUGUCCUCUCUACCAUAAUCUCUCUGCUGAUGAAUGCAAGGGCAAGGCAUCGACGCGCGACAAACAGGCCGAGGAAAGGACGUUGUCACACCGCCAGGACGAGAAUAGACACUCCACGAGAAACCAGGCCCCGUCAGACCGUCAGCUGCGCUACAAGGAUAAGGUGACAGAGCUGAGGAGGAAGAGGAAUUCUGGCCUCAAUAAGGAGCAGAAGGACAAGUACAUGGAGCACCGUCAGAGCCACGGAGCGAGCCGGGAGCCGCUGCUGGAGAACAUCACCAGCGACUACGACCUUGAGCUGUUCAGGAAAGCGCAGGCACGUGCCUCGGAGGACCUUUCAGCAAACCCUCCUCUGCAGCCACAGGAGGAGUCUGAGAUAUUUUUGGAGAAACUCCGGCUGGCCGGCCAGGUGUCGGAGGGCAGCAACAUGAUAAAGACCAUCGUGUUUGGCCGCUAUGAGCUGGACACGUGGUACCAUUCUCCGUACCCAGAGGAAUACGCCCGCCUGGGGAGGCUCUACAUGUGCGAGUUCUGCCUUAAGUAUAUGAAGAGCCAGACCAUUCUGCGCAGGCACAUGGCCAAGUGUGUGUGGAAGCACCCUCCAGGUGACGAGAUCUACAGAAAGGGAAACAUAUCUGUCUUUGAGGUGGACGGAAAGAAGAACAAGAUCUACUGCCAGAACUUGUGUCUGCUGGCGAAGCUCUUCCUGGACCACAAGACUCUGUAUUACGAUGUAGAACCUUUCCUCUUCUACGUAAUGACCGAAGCUGACAACACAGGAUGCCAUCUAGUUGGAUACUUCUCCAAGGAGAAGAACUCUUUCCUGAACUACAACGUGUCGUGCAUCCUCACCAUGCCGCAGUACAUGAGGCAGGGCUACGGCAAGAUGCUCAUAGACUUCAGUUACCUGUUGUCCAAGGUGGAGGAGAAGGUGGGCUCACCAGAGCGCCCCCUGUCUGACCUGGGCCUCAUCAGCUACCGUAGUUACUGGAAGGAGGUGCUUCUGCGGUACCUGAACAUCUUUCAGGGCAAGGAGAUCUCCAUCAAAGAGAUCAGUCAGGAGACGGCGGUGAACCCAGUGGAUAUUGUCAGCACGCUGCAAUCCCUCCAGAUGCUCAAAUACUGGAAGGGAAAGCACCUGGUUUUAAAGAGACAGGACCUUAUCGACGACUGGAAGGCCAAGGAGACCAAACGCGGCAAUGGCAAGACCAUUGACCCCAAAGCCUUAAAAUGGACACCGCCUAAAGGGACGUAGAGGAGCUUCCUUUCACACUCCAAACCCAGAAACACGCAUUUACACACAGACAGAUCCUCUACCACACACUGGCAUGCUCACAGACCCUGAGCCUAAACCCUUCCCACUCACUCUUGUACAAAACGCUUUCAGCAGCUACAGCGCAGUCAGCCACUUGUUGUGUCCACCGUUAACUCUGGGUUCAGCAGUCACUGUCAUGGCUCAACAUGAGAUUCAACAUGAGAACAAUGAAAUUAUGCCUGUUUGGACAUUACACAAAAAUAAAAGAAAAUAAGUCAUCAAGGUAAGGUUUCUUUUUAAAUAAAAACUUUUAAAUUGAACCAAAAAACAAACAAAUAUCAUUAAUGGAUAAUGAAUGGUUGUGUUAAGAAGCAAAUGAAACAAAAGUAAUAUUGCAGUUUCUGAUGUCCCUAAAUAGUUAGUAAAGCUAAUACUCGCAUAAACAAUCAAUUACACUACAGCCUGUUUAUAUUUAGGUAAUACAUAUAAACAACUGUAUGCCACUGGCUAUUACUAACUUAAAUUACAUUAAUAUAUUACAUGACACUUUAUAAUUUUUUUAUUUUGCUAAUUUGAAUAGAAUUUUUAUUAUUUCACAAAUUGGUUGGUCCACAAUUUAUGAAUGUGAUUAUUUAUUUAAUAAUGUAUUUUUUAAAUGUAUUUAGUAGUGAGAACUUUGGGGUUCCAUAGAAUAGAAUCAGCUCGUCAUGAUUUAUUUUUAGAUUUGAUAUUUUCGGUUUCAGGGUCCAACAAACAGUGUGACUAAAUUACAACAUAAUGAGCUAAGCAGCGACUGGUGAUGUCUGUAUACGUAAGAUUCGCCACUGAUAUCUCUUCGACCUCAUUUGUUGUCUGAAAAUGAAAGUAAUUGUGCGUUGUUAGUGCACCUCCUUCCAGACAAUUGAUUAGCACCGAGCACCAGGCACACCCGCUAAUCCAAUCUGCGGCAGCCAGUAUUGAACCGCUGCUGCUUUUCAUUCUGUUCUUGAGGUGGUCGACACAAUGCAGGUCGGCAGCUCGUUGACUCAUGCAAUGUAUUUUGGCAGACGCAAACCAGCUGGCUGUGAUUAAACAGGGCAGGGCCCGGGCUAAGAACAAUGAAUGAAGUUUGUAGGAGUAGGACCCCCAAUAUUGAUUUACUACUCAGAUCACAUGACUGAACAGAGAGAUCCCAAACAGAUUUCCUUGAGAAAUGCAAAACAACAUUGGAACCCUGAUAGCAAGUGAGAACUUUUUUUUCUGGUGAUCCAUUUUUUUUAAGUCUGAUCCAAAUUAUUUUCUCUCCCAUGUUUAUGACUUAAGAACAGGUGAAAAAAAAAGUUUCUUUGUUUUUUUUCAAAAUGUUUUAGUAUUAUUUUUUUUAUUAUUUUUCUUUAAGUUUUUCAACAGUUAAAACAGGUUGAAAGUUGUUAUAGAGAAAUUAAAACUCACCUGAAAGAAAACUUGAAUGCUUUCAGUCCUACUGAGAAUGAGUAUUAAAUGAGUAUUACAACAAAAACAUAGAAAUAUUAUCCUGACAAAAAAUAAAAUCACCUGGCAAAAUUUGUAUUUUUUACCUGCUUUCACAGAAGAAAAAGAAUCACUUUUUGGAAAAAUCCUGUUCUUAAGACAUGAACACUGGAGAGUAAAACAAUUUAGAUAACUUGCCUUUCAGAGCUUUCGUAAAAAUGUGAUCUUCUGUUAACUAUUGUUAUUUCAGAUAUUGUAGUACUUUAUGGUGUGAAUAAUUGGGAAUUAGCUGCAGACUGAUGUUGCCUUACAUCAUGCAUCCACUACAGUUAAAUAUUUUCUCAAUCAUUAGAAAUAUAAGUCUUUAAAAAAAAAAAUGGUGCAAACUAUUUUAUUAUAAGUCAGAUGGUCUCUUAAAAGAUUAUCUUUUUGUGUAAAAAUGGUACUAGACAGGCCAGGGUGUACAGACAUGUUUAUGACUCCAACAGUGGCUGUUUGAACCUAGAGCUAAUCAAUAACUCAGCAUCUCUGUCACGCAACAAACACACACAUUGUGUCCAGUAUUUAACCCAUGGCACCAGUCAGGCGGUCAGUCAGGAAGCUAUAGCUGCUAUUGGCCGUGUUCGGACCUUGUAAUGUCACCAGGAUGGAACCGACCUUUCUUCCCUUCUGGUUUUUAACCUUUAAUCUUUGUCACGGCUGUGUUGUUUUGUGAUGUCUACAGUCAUACAGUGAACUGUAAAGGUACAUGGGGGAUCUCAGCCGCCCUCUGUGUCGGAGCUAAACACGUUGCUGUUCUUUUUGUGUCCUUUAUGGUGGUUGCGUUAAAGUUCUCAAUGAUAUUUUAUACUUUUUCUACCUCUAAGGUUUACCACUGUAUAAAAGCUAGAACGGCCCAUUUUAAGCUUGUUUUUUUUAUUCUGUGUGUUUACAUGUUAAAACUAUAUAGCUGUAUUCAGCCAGCAGUGUUUUUUUUUUACUAUAUAUAUAAAAGAAAAAAAGGUAUGCUAUUUAUAUUGUUAAAAACAUACUGCGUAGAACGUAAAAAGACAAAGUCUGGUAGAGGAUUGCCACUCUAUAGAACCGUCUGCCUUGUGAAUAUGAAUAUUUAUCCCAAAAUUUUAUGUAGGUUAGAAUGUGUCUUGAAACUCUUGAAAUGUAAAGGGGGAAGAAUUCGAUGCAUCCCCUCCAAACCAACAGAGACCAUGAAAUAAGUAAUUUACAUUUCAAAUCGUAAUCAAAAGUGACAUGCUAUUGAACUGAAACACGUCACUCUUGAACAUUGCCACUACUUUCUACCACCAAAAUUGCAGCUAGGAAAAUACAGCAAUCUAUUUGUUUGAAACCAAUUAGCAUAGUUUGCAGCAUUUUGUAUUAUUAUUUUUGGUCUGUACAGCCCACUGUGUGUGAUGGAAAACAUUGUAUUUUAUUGAGAAUCUUCAAAUUUAUUGAUUUAGAUCAGCAUGUCAGUUUUUGCAACCAGUUUGUAAGAAUCAUUGAAGGAGUGGUUUGACAUUUUGGGAAAUACGAAUAUUCACUUUCUUGCCGAGAAUCAGGUGAGAAAAUUGACCCCACUCUCUGUGUGCUCAAUAUUAAAGAAGCUACAGCCAGUUAGCGUGGCUUAGCACAAAAAUGAAACGAUUGAAACGAGGUGAUUUGCUAAGGUUAUGCUAAGCUAACUGGCCAUUGGCGCUAACUACAUAUAUAACCAAUAUAGAGUGGAAUUCAUCUUCUCAUUAUUUGCACCAAAUUUUGUAAAUGUGGAACUAUUCCUUUAAAGAUUGUGCAUUAACCUAGACAGCAGUUGGCUGUGGAAUCAGAGGUGUGUGGCCCAAAAUGUCCAAUUGAAUCAUCUUUCUUUGUUUUCAGAAUGCUUUUUUAUUUUGUCACGUUUGUGUCACAAUUUCCUAUGUGGAGGAAUCUUCCCUUUAACAGCCUAGAGUUACAGUUGCUGUUCUUCUUUCACCGUAUAAGAAAUGUUGCCUUUUAAUUCCUAUAAGGUUGGAGAUGUAUUUCUUUGUGUCUUGUUUUCUUGUCUCUUUAAUAUUGUGAUAUUUUACUUUCUACCAUCUGUGGAUUAUCUAUGUUUAUAUUUUUUCUAACUUUUUCGCACGAGGGGGUUCUGCUUUCACGUCACCAACUGGAAGACCUAUAAAUCAAUACUAACAGACCACGCGUUUCAAAGGACAACAAUGUUCUCAACAAAACCUCUCUGAAAUGGCACUGGAUUUACUCGUGACUGUUGUGGUUGUAGGGAGUGGGUGUCUCGCCAAAUCUUAAGUGCAUUUACAGCAAAGUGCACUUUAGCAAAAAAAAAAAUCCACCCUAAAACACACACAUCUUGAUGACGAUGAACCACCGGGCCAAUUUUGUUCUUGACUGUACUUUUGCUUUUGUGAAGUUGAGGUAUUAUACCUGCGUCGGUAUGACGGACCAAUUUUAAAAGUCUGCUGUUUUGUUUUGUCGCUCUCUCAGAAUGAUUAGGCUCACAUUUUUACUGAUAUUUAACACACAAUCCAUCAUAUGCAGAGAGAAUAUUUUCUAUUCUAGCAGUAGCAGAAAAGGGACCUGAAUGUAUUUUUUUUUCUUGAUUGAAAGAGGCUCAUUAAACCAUUAAUAAGAACACUACAAGAUCACAAAUCGAUCAUAUGUAUUCGUGUGAAAUUUCCCUUUAAGCUAAUUCAUUUAAUUGUCUGUCUGUCUUUUCAUCCUGAUGUCUUGCAGUCUUUUCUUUAGCCAGUGGCAGCUAUAGAUCCGCGUCUUCAGAGCACCUUGCUGGUUAUUAACACAUCUGACAUAGAGUCACAUUUACAUAGAAAAAAGAAACAGUGGCUUUCCAUCACCUUCCAUAGGCCACCAGUAAGCUGUUGUAGUACCAGCACUUGAACGCACCCUGCUACCUGUUUGAACUGCGUGUUCGAAGCAGCGACGCACAAAAGUAGCGUGGAAUCGAUAGGGAGCUCGGUAGUGCUUUUGUACUUGCUUCUUCGCCUUCGCUCCUCUUCAAUAAAUGCAAAUGGUGAA